CUUGUUUACUUCCGGGGCAUUUUCAGUCGCUCGGUUGGUACGGUUGAUCAUGUUUUCACGUCGUUGAUCCACAUCGACUGUGACUACUUUAUUUUACGUAUAAAAAUAUUACAUUUUACCUUACACGGUGUAGAAUAUUAUCCCCCACAAUGUCUGAGGACGUCCAGAAACAUUCGGUCCACACGCUGGUGUUUAGAUCUCUGAAAAGGACUCAUGACAUGUUUGUGUCAGACCAUGCUAAGGCCAUCGCGCUGGACGAUGAAAGCCACAAAAUGAAGAUGGGUGUUAAACUGAAAACAGAAUACAGCCAAGUUUUACACAUGCCCGUCCUGAAGGAAGGGAAAGACAGAGUCCCGCAGCAACCAGGCACCCUGCAUGUCCAAAGCUAUGCACAACCAGGUGAUGACCCAGAAUACCUGAUUGCUGGAACACAUGCGUAUCCCUCUGGACCUGGAUUGGCUUUGACAGCUGACACAAAGAUGCACAGGAAUCCCAGCGAGGCUGGAGUACACUCCCUGGCUCUGGCUUUACCACCUUCACAGGCUAGGCAGGACAUUGGCCGUACUGCGGCCAGCGUUGCCGACAUCCAUCGUCACGCAGGAGGGGCAGAGAGGGUUCAUCCUCAGUCAACUGCAGUGUCGCUCAUGGAUGGAGGUGCCACCAGAAAUUCUGCACUCAUGAGGAGAGCACCAACGAUGCCUAAACCUCAGUGGCAUCCGCCAUGGAAACUGUUUCGGGUCAUCAGUGGUCAUCUUGGUUGGGUCAGAUCAAUCGCUGUGGAGCCUGGGAAUCAGUGGUUUGUCACAGGUUCUGCUGAUAGAACUAUAAAGAUCUGGGACCUGGCCAGUGGGAAACUCAAACUCUCUCUGACUGGACACAUCAGUACAGUGCGUGGUGUGGCAGUGAGCAACCGAAGCCCUUACCUCUUCUCCUGUGGAGAAGACAAGCAAGUCAAAUGUUGGGAUCUGGAGUACAACAAGGUUAUCAGGCACUACCACGGACACCUGAGUGCUGUGUACGAUUUGGAUCUGCAUCCAACCAUUGAUGUGCUUGUGACAUGCAGCAGAGAUGCCACUGCAAGGGUGUGGGAUAUCAGGACAAAAGCUAACGUGCACACGCUAACAGGUCACACCAACACAGUUGCCACAGUGAGAUGCCAAGCAGCAGAGCCUCAAAUUAUCACUGGAAGCCACGAUUCCACCAUCAGGCUGUGGGAUCUGAUUGCUGGAAAAACCAGAGCGACUCUGACAAACCACAAGAAGUCUGUCCGAACUCUGGUGCUGCACCCCAGACAAUACACAUUUGCCUCUGGAUCAGCUGAUAACAUCAAACAAUGGCUGUUCCCAGAUGGCAGCUUCAUCCAGAAUCUUUCCGGCCAUAAUGCCAUUAUCAACACUCUGGCUGUUAACUCUGAUGGUGUGUUGGUGUCUGGAGCUGAUAAUGGUACCAUCCACAUGUGGGAUUGGAGGACGGGAUACAACUUCCAGCGGAUUCACGCAGCCGUGCAGCCUGGAUCUCUGGACAGUGAGUCUGGAAUCUUCGCCUGCGUGUUCGACAACUCGGAGAGCCGACUGAUCACCGCAGAGGCUGACAAGACCAUUAAAGUUUACAAAGAGGACGACACAGCUACCGAAGAAACCCACCCAGUCAAUUGGAAACCAGAAAUCCUCAAAAGGAAAAGAUUCUGAAGUUGUUGCUUCUCCUUUUUUUUUUUUUUUAUUUUUUUUUUUUUUAAUUGUUUUCCUUCUUGUCUCAUCAGUGAUGAAUUUUAUUUCUACCAGCUCCUGUGAUGUCAGUGUCCCCAUGUUUUGGUUGCUAGUUAUCAUCAGGCAGGUUUCUUGUCUAAUGCAUCUUUGACAGGAGCAGUCGGUUAAAUGUUUGCUUUAUUCUGUGAACCAGCUUAUUGUAUAAUGUCAGUCUAAUAACGCUGCCAUUUUGGGCUGCCAGGAACCUCUGAGUGUUUGUUCUUUAUGAUCACUGCUCUGAUCGCUUUGGUUUGUCUGAUCCGCCAACAAAAGCCACUUCAGAUUCAGAGAGAUGUGGAUGUGAUUCCUUUCAGGAUCAAGGCGUGAAACAGGACUGAAAUUAGAUUUUGUAUUGACUCAGCGAAGUAGCCAGCUGUUCGGACAUGGAAACCAACUCUGCUAUCUCUUCAUGUGAAUUUUAUUUAGCUCCAUUUUAAUAAAGAUCACAUUUUUCA